CAACACUCGUUUUUUCAGGUUCAGUUUCAGCUUGUUGUCUUGUCUUGUUCAACAAAAAAUAGUAAACUGUCAAAAUGUCGGUCAAUGCACAAGUUCAUUUGAGUAGCAGCGAAAAUACUAUAAAGAGUGAUAAAUCUUUAAAACAGUUGUUUCCUAAACGGGAUGAGUGCUCACAUGUGUCUUGUUAUUGCGAGGAAAAUGUCUGGAAACUGUGUCAAGAUGUAUCAAUAAGAAUCCCAGAGGAAUUGGAUAGAUGUUAUAUAGUUUUUAUUUCUAACCCUUGUCGUACGGUGCCUCUGUGGAAACAAAGGGCUGGGCGCGAGGAAGAUCGUCUCGUCAUAUGGGAUUAUCAUGUGAUAUUUCUAUACUCCUGGGACAGCAAAACAUGUCUUGUAUAUGAUCUGGAUUCUGAGUUGCCAUUCCCAACAUUUUUCCACAAAUAUGUUACAGAAACAUUUCGCACCGAUCAAGUUCUCAAGUCAGAUUUUCACAGGUUCUUUCGUGUAGUGCCUGCUAAGCAGUUCUUGCAGAACUUUGCGUCUGACCGACGCCACAUGAAGAGACCGGAUGGGUCAUGGAUUAAGCCGCCACCACCGUAUCCAGCAAUAUGUACUUCAACUUCAACCCACAACUUAGAUGAGUACAUCAACAUGGACUUAGGAGUUGGCCCUGGUCAGGUAUUUAACUUGACAGAUUUUGUUCAGCGGUUCUACAAAGUAAACAAGUAGUACAAAUUAUGUGCUGAUAGAUAGUGAAAUAUUGUUUUAAAGUUAGUUCCAUGACCCAAAUGGUUUGUGUUAUGUUGAUUAUGUUUUAAUAAUCCUUGUUUUGUACCUUAGAAGUUUCUUCCCACCUCACAUACCAAGAUUCCAGAAUGUAACAAUUAUCAUUUAUUGCUACCAAUAAUACAGUUUAUUGUAUUUGUUAGUUUACCUAAUAUGUCCUUGUGUCAUAAUUUAGAGAGGUUUUUGACUUGAUUAGUUAUUACUGUCCCCAAUGUUGUAUUAAAAAUACCUUAAAAUUUUGAAGCACAAUAAAUUAACGAAUUUUUUCCACAAAACACAAAGAUAAUGCACAAAUAUUAAUAGAAUCAAACAGUUAAAAGCUAUACCCACAAUAUUGUUAUGUAGGUUUAACUGAAUAAAUAUUGAGAUUAUACAUUAUUAGUAGUUAUUAAAUUUAAAUGAUAUAAUUAUGCAGUUAUGUAAUCAGAAACCUACAUAAGAAUAUGUUAUAAAAUUAUAUACAUUUCUCAGAUAAUUUUGAAUAAAAUAAUAACUACAUAAUGGAUAUGGCAAAUUAUAUAAUAAUUCAGGGCACUUCUAUUCCCCUUAAAAAGAUUAGCUGAUUUUGAUAUAAUUAGAUAGUUAAAUAUUAAGCGUAGGUAACUUUAAUCGAGAGGCUAGUGCUUAAAAUUUCAAUUUUAUAUGAGUAACAAGUGAGUAGUGUUUUGGAUGUUCUGCAUUUUCUUUCUAUUUGUCGUUAUUGUGAAAGAGUAUAUAAAAUAUUAUUAUUCGAAUAUAUGUGAAUCGUAUUUAUUCUCAUUUUGACUGAGGUAAUCCUUGUUUAUGGAUUGUGUGUUACCUUGAGUGAUAUAAAUUAAUAUUUAAGUAACUUUAUAGUAGUGUAUAUGGUCGCAAGUAGCUUUUGUAUGUUGUUAAACUAUUUAAUAAUUUUGUAACAACUUUUAUACACUCUUUUUAUUCUUCCCUAGCACCCUUAGAAAAUUGAUAAAAAUACCAAAAAUAUAUUUACGAAUAUUCGCUUACGGUAAGGGUUAAUCCAAAGUUUGAAUUGUAUGAUUCAUUUCUAAGGAGAUAGAGUUGUUUACGUCCUUCCACUUCCACCUAUGUAUUAAUUUAAUUAUGCAACUUAAGGAAAUCUUAUCUAUUGUUCUAAGUCUUGAAAUGUUUAUUUUACCUAAAAUAUUUACACUUAAAAUUGUACCUAUUAAAUAUUUUACAAUUUCUCUAUUAUGAGUAACAUUAACUAUGUACUUCAAUACUAUAUUAUACUUAUCCAAUAAGAUUAUUGAUACUACAAUAGUACAGGUUUAAAACAUUAGGUUUAUAAUUUUACUGAUAAAUAAAACGCAUUUAUUGACUACCUACCUACUUUCUGCAGGGUUUGUGAUCUGUGUUUGUAACUUUUACAGUUUACUAGUCCAAUGUUAAUUAUAUUUUAAGAUUUUAAGACAUUCUUCAAGUCCCUCAAAUCUUGUUUAAAAAUGCUUGUACCUAGUGUAAUGGCAGUUAAAAUAAUUUAACUAUAUGAAUUUGAGACCUAGUCAUUAUUGUUAAUUCUUCCUCCUAACAUAUAAUCACAUGUCACAUUAGUACUUAGUCGUCGAGGCGUAGCUGGAUAUUCUAUGGGACCAAACUCUUUCGACUGGAUGUGGUGGAACCCGGAGCGUAGAGCGAAUAUUUAAUCCCUGGGAGUGUGUUUACGUCCCAUUGGUUACGCCUUUGUCCUAUUACAUAUUAUCCACAUGUUACCGACUCAAUCGAUACCUUCCUUCUACGCCUUCAAAGUUUUAUCUAUUGACUGACAUAUGAGUGAUAAUUAUUGUGCUUGUGCUUUUAAUGUACCAAGUUACAUGUUUUUAAUUUAAGAUUUAUCAAGCAAAAUAAAAGAAACAUUACACGCUA